AUGUUACUUUACUCAUCUUCUUUUAUUUCAUUUGCGGUCUUGUUAACAGCAACAGGUAUAUCUGCUGCCAGUUUAAGAAAAGACCUGUCGUCUGUCUGCGCUGCUUCCAACCCAAGAGCACAAAGAGUGAAAGAAUCUUUUAUAUAUGCUUUGGAUGGUUACAAAAAGUGUUCAUGGGGUCAUGAUGAAACCUUGCCGGUAACCUGUCAAUUCUCUGACUCAAGAAAUGGCUGGGGAGCUACUCUCGUUGAUGGUUUAGAUACUAUGCUCAUCAUGGGUUUGGAAGAUCAAUACGAGGAGAGCUUAGAUUUUUUAAGGACGGUGGACUUUACGGUAUCCAAAACGCCUUCUAAGGGAUUCGAGACCAAUAUUCGGUACCUUGGAGGCUUGCUAGCAGCAAACGAUUUGGAACCCAAUCCUUUGCUUGUAGAAAAGGCUGUUCAACUCGCGGAUGCUGCAUUGGUUCCUCUAUUUGUUGAAACCAAGAAAGGUACUAAAGUGAAGGUGCCCUAUACUAACAUGGACCUAGAGACUGGCGAGCCUAUCCCUGAUAAAGAGAUCAAUCUUGCUGAAUUUGGAACAUAUACUAUGGAGUUCACUCGAUUAUCCCAAGUUACUGGAGAUCCAAAGUAUGAAAAGCUUGCUAUGGACCUUGUACGCGCUGCUAUUGAACAGCCUACAAAGAUCCCUGGUUUAUUCCCAAACACGUGGAGUGUCGAUCCUUUUGAACCUGUCCAGUCUAGUCUUAUUAAUGUUGCCGGCGGUGGCGAUAGUUUCUAUGAGUAUCUGAUAAAGAACUACCUCUUGCAAGAAAAAAAGGACGAGAGUUUAUUUGAAACAUGGCAAGACUCUGUUGAAAGCAUGGAAGAAUAUAUGCUUUCACCAACAGCUGAGGACCCCUCUAUUCAGUUUGUAUCAAUGAUCAGUAACAGCUCUGUCUAUUAUGUCUCGCAAGAACUGAUUUGCUUUUGGCCAGGCAACAUCUUAUUAGGUGCAAGCCAACUUGAGAAUCAUUACAAGAAGAGAAAAUAUAGAAAAUUCGCCGACACCUUUUUAAAGUCGUGUGUUGAAACUUGGUUAAAGACCAAAACAGGCAUUUCUCCUGAAAGUUGGAGAUGGACACCCAAGGAUAAAAGUUUGGAGACAAAGCUCAAUACAUUGUUUGAUAACACGUUAAAGAGUGCACACCCUGAUGAAUCUCAAAAGUUUAAGCAUGACUCUCAGAGACCGUUCACUAUUGAUAACGCUAUUUAUGAUUUACGCCCAGAAACAAUUGAAAGUAUCUUUUAUUACUAUCGUCUCACAGGAAAUCAAUAUUUCCAGGACCUUGCAUGGAAACUAUAUUUGGCUAUUGAAAAAUACACCAAGACAAAGUAUGGAUAUACAGCUAUUCAUAAUGUAGAUGAGGCACCUUCUCCAUUAGAAAAUUUCCAAGAAAGUUUUCUGUUUGCUGAGACCUUAAAAUAUCUCUAUCUUAUUUUUGCCAGUGAAGAUUGCAUCUCUCUGGAUGAAUAUGUGUUCAAUACCGAAGCUCAUCCUUUCAAGUUACCUCAACCCAUUUCAUAUCAACUUUAA